GGCCAUCGGAUAAUAUUGCAUGUGGUCCCUUUAUGGAAUAUGUGUCUCUGAAUACUUCCCAGGCGCCGAUAUUUCCGGAACGUCGAUCUGCAACAAGCCAAGACCCUUGAGGGAGAUUCUCCUGGUUGGCGAGGAAGAGAAGAAAAACUGCAAGGCGGCUUGAGCAUACGAAAGCGGCUAAAUAGUAUCGCGACAAUAUUGCAGAUAUUGGAUCCGGGUGGCAGGAUUCCUUGCAACCAAGCCCACGAGACGGGUCACACAUAGGUACAUACACAGACAUACCGAUAAAUGUGCGAGUGAAUAGUAUAUAAUCCCCAAGACUCCUCUGGCAGAAAAGAUCGAGUUACUAGAUACCUAGAUGACACCGGGACAAGAUCACAUACACAUGCACUGUCACGAUGCCGAAUCCCCUCAACGUCUACAAGGGUCCAAACUCCGUGAGGAGUUACUUCAACCCAGAUUCCGCCCCCCCAUUACCUUUAGUAGAGAUUCCGGACAAGCUCAACCCAUACCGACAGGAUGGCGUGCGGAUAUACGCUAAGAUGAUGACAAUGCACCCGGCCAACAACGUGAAGGCCAUGCCAGCGUUGAAUUUACUAGAGAAGGGCGUGGUGCCGGGAAAAACAAACACUGUCAUUGAGUACAGCUCAGGCUCUACGGUCAUAUCCAUGUCCCUCAUCUCGCGGGUAUUCCAUGACAUCUCGGACGUCCGCGCAUUCUUGAGCAAUAAGACCAGCUUGGCUAAGCUGCGGCUGAUGCAAUUCUUUGGUCUCGACAUCACUCUCUUUGGCGGGCCAUCCCAACCGGAACCCACGGACGCGCGAGGUGGCAUCAGGGCGGCCCAGAAGAUGGCAGAAGAUAGCAAGUCAACGAUCAACCCGAACCAGUACGAGAACGACGAUAACUGGAGGUCACAUAUUAGAUGGACGGGCCCGCAAAUCAUGAGACAGCUUCCCGAAAUAAAUCUAAUCUGUGCUGGCAUGGGCACAUCAGGAACUAUGACAGGCCUAGGCACCUUUUUCAAAGGGGCCAAGCCCUCGGUCUUCCGCCUAGGAGUUUGCACCGCCGCGGGUGACCGAGUCCCCGGCCCUCGUUCGUUUGCCCUUCUAUCUCCUGUCGAGUUUCCUUGGAAGGCAGCAGUCGACCACAUUGAGGAGGUCGGGUCUCAUGACUCCUUUUCCUUAUCGUUGACCUUGUGUCGAGAGGGUAUUAUCUGUGGCCCUUCGUCCGGAUUCAACCUUCGCGGCCUAUUCCAGUUCAUCGAGACGUACAAGACGGCGGGAAAAUUGGGAACUAUUGCUGGGGCAGACGGCGAGAUUCACUGUGUCUUCCUCUGCUGCGACCUUCCGUACCAAUACAUCGACGAAUAUUUCGACAAGCUAGGGCCAGAGUACUUCCCGUCCAUAUCAAAUAAGGAAUUGAGCAAAGUUGAUCUUUACCGAUACGACGACGCGUGGGAGAAAGAGGCAGCGGUCAUCAUCCUUCAAUAUUUCAAUGUAAACCCGACUUGGGCCCGAGGGGAGCUGCUACGAACAUCACAGCUCGCGAUUGGAGGAACUAAUGCCGGCGUGUUGGCACUGAAGGACGGAAAGACAAUCGUUGACCUCCGAAACCGUGUUAAUUUUGAGAAAUUCAACAUCCCUGGCUCUGUCAGCCUGCCGCUUGUGGAGCCAUCGAGCCCGAGCCCAUUCGCACAACCAGCCGUGUUGGAGGCUUUGUGGCUCAAGUUAGAAGAUUCCUUCACCGCUAUACAGGACGGUAAGCUCUCUGAGAUGAGGGGCAAGCAGAUUCUCGUUCUCUGUUACGACGGCGAUAGUUCUCGGGUGGCUACCAGCAUACUUCGAGCGAAGGGCUACGAGGCCGACAGCGUGCGGGGUGGAUUUAUGGCAUUAUGUGCCUCUGGCCUGGAUAUAAUGCCACUCACAGAUGACCAUGUGGUUGCUGGGAGACAAGGGACGGCGGUUGGAAUCACAACAGCGCCUAAGAUCGAGCUUGUUACGCCCUCUCAUAUGUAAAGAAUUGUAAUGGAGGUUACACUAUAGCAAUAUCAAGAUCGAAGGGAAACGGGCGGGGCCAUCGCAACGCGCUAUUCAUAACGAUUCAAGGGAGUUCUGUUACGUAGUCGAGUGGCGUGAAUCGAGCGACAGAAAUGGAGUACGGCUCUAAGAGAGAGGAAGCUUCUAUAUACUUAGUAAUAUAAGCAUUGUUACAGCUG